UGCAAUUCAGAGUGAGUAAUAGAUUUCUAAACUACUUUUAAUCACACAAAUAUAAACACUUCCGGUCGCCCCAGGGCAGUUGUGUGGCCUCGCCCUUUUUAUAAACAGUGUAACAGAGUCGUAAACAUUGCAUAAAAUAAUAAUAGGCGCACCUGACUCGACCUACACAAAGAUAUGGAAACUUCAUUUAAACAAACACACUGACCAGAGGCCUACGGUACCCUUUAUAAACAUUACGAGUCAAUGUGGAGAAAACAUGGCCACAACUUAGACAUUAGACCGCUGAUGGUAUACUCACGAUCGAUGGUCAUGAUAUUAGAUAGUGGCUGAGGCAAACAUUGAGAUAAAAAAGAGGUACAGUGGGUUUGGGCAUGACACGUUGCUGUCAAAUCGCAGCAAACGAAAACACUUAAAGCGACAACAAAUUCAAAACGGUAUAGGCUACUCAAUUGUAUUUUAACUGGGUCUAAAAAUUAAUAUAUGGUGGGAAAGGCAAAUUCAUUUGCAAUAUUUUUAAAUUCAUUUGACUUUAAUUUGAGACUCAUGUCACAAAGUAGUUCGCCUACAUCUCUUUAGCCUGUUUCAUUUUCACAACAAUGUGCUUUGCACUUCCUCUUCUUCUUCCAUCCGCGAGCCGGUUCGUGUGUGUGUGGAUAGCUUAUCUCUUUCAAUUCUUUUUUAUUUCACUCUCUGAACUCAUUAUGUGGGAUGACAAGUGACCAACAAAUACCUUAAAAUUUUUCUGACCUUCAAUCGUUUACAUUAGCAUAUUUUAUUAGAUUUUAUUUCUGUUUGGAGUCUUACUCAGAGAGUAAGAGAUGGGGACGGCGGUUGAUGACAUCAGACAACUAUUAAGAGACUGUGAGCUGUUUGUUUUUGAUAUACUCCAAGAUGAGAAUCUCAGUAAUGCUGCUGGAGAGGCCAGAGAAAUUCUCCUACGAAAUUUUCUUGUCAUCCAGAAGAGACACCCACAAGAAUUUCCCCACAGAAAUGAAUCCAAUCUUGAGGAUAGUUCAGAUGACAACCGCAGCUCCAGUCUGGGACGCUCUGCCCCCUCAGAUGAUAUGUCAGUGGCCUCUGACUACCAGGAGGAAGGAGCCACAGAGCUUUUUGAAGAGAUCCCUAUGGUGGCUGCACAGGACCUGAGCAACAUUCUAAAGCAAGGCUACCUGGAGAAGAAAAGACGUGAUCACAGUUUCUUCAGCAUGGAAUGGCAAAAGCGAUGGUGCGUUCUGAACAACACCAUAUUUUAUUACUUCGGGAGUGAGAAAGACAAGCAGCAGAAAGGCUCGUUUUAUAUCAACGGCUACAGUGCAGAGAUGGUCCCCAGCUUACGCAAAGACUCCAAGAAGAAUUCAUGCUUCGAGAUGAGUGCUCCUGGAAGACGUUCUUACCAGUUCACUGCCAGCAGUCCCCGUGAGGCAAGGGAAUGGGUGGACCAGAUCAAUUUUGUUCUUAAGGAUCUGAGCUCUAACUUCAUCCCCUUUGAUGAUGAUGAGGAAGAGGAGGUGGAAGAAGAGGAAGAGACUUAUGAUGACAUUGAACGAGCUACCACACCACCACCACCACGUCCUGGGCCAGCGCCUGCACCGGUUAUAACCCCGAGUCUGGCACAAACCCCUCGAAGCAGCCGCGAGGAAUGGAAGGACCAAGCAGGGACUCAGGAGGAUGACGAAGAUGAAGAAGAGGACAUUUAUGAAGAGCUUCCAGAUGAUGAAAUUUCUGACAACGCUGAAGAGUUCAGUGAAAAAGCUGGGUCUUCAGAUUAUGCAAAUUAUUACCAAGGCUUGUGGGACUGUGAAGCGGACGGACCUGAUGAGUUGGCCUUCCAGAGAGGAGAUCUCAUCUACAUCCUCAGCAAGGAAUACAACAUCCAUGGAUGGUGGGUCGGGGAGCGAGACGGUGCCAUCGGCAUAGUCCCCAAGGAGUUUUUGCAUCCUGCUUAUAUUCUAUGAGGUUUGCUUUUUGUGAAGAUCACAGAAUUUCCAGGGUUAUAACACUUUAACACAUCAUUGUUUAGAAAUUGUAAAUGAGUAGAUUAUAAAAAGAGUUAAAGGGACCGUUCACCCUAAAAUGAAAAUUAAGUUAUAAAUUACUCACCCUGGCGCUGCUUUAAUGCCGUAUGCCCUUUUUUCUUUUAUGGACCACAAAAGGAGAAUUUGUAAAAAAAAAAAUGUCCUGCUUGCGCUUGUUGAUAUAAUGGCAGUGAAUAGAGAUGAGCAUCAAGCUUCUUUAAAAGAUGCAAAAGGAUCACAGAAUGAUCCCAUGUAACUUAUAUUGUAUAUUCUGGGGGUGUUCUGGGGGUAUACGAUAUAAAAUUUAAUGAAAAUCCUGAA